CUUCAAUCUUCAUUUGUAUUGUACCAUACCUUAGGUACCUCAUAUAUCAGUUCACACCUUGAAUUUUAAGACAUUAACCUGGCUAUAACUUCUUACCCGACUACCUAUUUGCCUUUUAUUGCUAAUUUUGCCUCGUUUUGGUUCUCGUAACCUUCCAUCCUAUAUUCUUCGGCCUGGAAGCCAAUUGCGACCAAGAAUGACGACCGUCAGACGGUGAUAAUGCGAUUGAACUGCGCCAAUGCAGUUCUAGUUGCUGCUAUAAAACUAUUUCGCCUCGUCAAUGGCCAAUUUCCAAAUUACACGUCCCAAGACCUGAAUCUUACAACUAUUUCCUCGCCGAUCGACCCUAAUAUCAAGAUCAGCUAUAAAGUACCUCAUGGAGCCUGUAACACCGCAUUCGAGUCGCAAACGCAGUAUACUGGCUGGGUGAGCCUCCCGGGUGAUUUCCCUACUAAUACUUUCUUUUGGUUCGUUGGGGCGCGGGACAAGCAAGCCAACUCCAGCUUAACCAUCUGGCUCAAUGGCGGCCCGGGGUCGAGUUCUAUGUUCGGUUUCUUUACAGAGAACGGCCCUUGCGAGGUAGUUGAUAAUGGCACCGACAAGUUCACCACUAUAGCCCGGGAAUGGGGUUGGGAUAGGGCGUCGAAUAUGUUAUUUAUAGACCAGCCCAACCAGGUUGGGUUUUCCUAUGAUGUCCCUACGAAAGGUUCUAUCGACUUGCUCACCAACGAAAUCUAUAUCCCGCCUGACAAGAGACCGGAUUCGCUACCGCCGAACGCAUAUCUAGACGGCACAUUCAGUUCUAUGAAUGCCAACCAUACGGCUAACACAACCGAGACAGCAGCUAUCGCCAUAUGGCAUAUGCUCCAGGGGUUUUUAGGGGCUUUCCCGGAAUUGAACCCUCCAAAGGACAACAUCUUAGGCGUGAAUCUAUUUUCGGAAAGCUACGGAGGGAAGUACGGCCCCGCGUUUGCGCAGAAAUGGAAACAGAUGAACACCGUUCGAGGCAACGGGACUGUUUCAAACAGCACAUCGGUAGAGAUUCGCCUUGUCUCACUUGGUAUUGUAAACGGCUGUGUCGACGACCUGAUCCAAGCACCGUAUUAUCCCACCAUGGCAAUUAACAAUCCCUACGGUUUUCCUGCCAUCAACUCCGUUAGAGCGAAAAUGGCCAAUGCUAGCUUCUACACCGACGGUGGAUGUCGCGAUCUGAUCAAUCAAUGUCGGGCCGCAGUUGCCAGCAAAGACCCGAAUAAUAGCGGUUCGGUCUCAGACGUGAACUACAUCUGCGAGUCCGCUUACAAUAACUGCACCAACAACGUCAUGCUGCCUUACUCGGAUGCCGGUCGUAGCCUCUAUGAUAUCGCAGUGCCUUUACCCGAUUCAUUCCCUCCUCGGCGAUAUCUAGAGUACGUGAACACGCCAAUCUUCCAAAAGGCCAUCGGCACGCGCCUUAAUUACACGGAGACAAAUAGCCAGGUUGCCGCAGCCUUCGCUUCCACUGGGGACUACGAGCGCGAGGCAAUGGUACCCAAGCUAGCCUCACUCCUCAACGCAGGUGUUCGCGUAGGCUUGAUAUACGGCGACCGAGAUUAUAUUUGCAACUGGCUGGGCGGCGAGGCAGUAUCCCUGGCGCUCGCCUCGUCCGUAACAGGCUAUGAAUCAGCCUUCGCGUCCGCUGGAUACGCGCCUAUCAUCGUCAACGACAGCUACGUCGGCGGCGCAGUGCGACAGUUCGGCAAUCUCUCAUUCAGCCGCGUGUACCAAGCAGGUCACUCCGUACCAGCUUAUCAGCCAGCCACGGCUUUCGAGAUAUUCGCGCGGGUCAUCCGUGGCGACAGCGUGUCCACGGGAGAAAACAUCGACCUUUCUACCUAUAACACCACGGGCUCCACCGAGGCCAACAGCGCUCUCGAUCUCCCCGCUGCCCCGUCACCAACCUGCUGGCUUCGCGACGUGCCUGGUAGUUGUGAUGAAGAGCAGCGGAGCGCUAUUUUAAACGGUGAUGGUUUCGUUGUCAAUGGCAUUGUACAAACAGGCCCAACGGUGACGACACCGCCAGCCUCUGCUGUCGCCGAUCCCUCGACAACUACAACUCAACUCACCGGCUUGUUUACGGCUACUGCAACGCCAUCGAGUGUAGCCAUGUCAAGGGUGGGGCCUAGUAUUGACUUGGGGUUAGUUGUCGGCGGCGGCGUUGUUAUUGCCAUACUGGUUGGUUCAUAAAAUUAACUCGCCUUAUACAGUACUUUGCACAGCAUAUUUAUUUAUUAUUGGAAUCUUCCACCUUGGCCCGAAUCAUUAUACUAGAUACCCAUACCCGAGCAAUGAAUUCUUGAUGUUAAAAUAAUCUAUUAAGCUUCGUCGGCGUAGCUAACAUGGUUUAAAAUCAAACAAGAGAUCAUAUCAUACGCAUAUGGCUUACCUCUUAUCAAAGUUGACUGUCUACCGCAUUUGAAUAUUUAGUGAUAAUUUUAAUAUAUAGACGGCAUAACCCAAUUCCUCCAUCUACUUGCAACGCUUUUAAAUGUUCACUUUGU